GGGAGGCUUCAGGAGAGAAAGCAGGAAAUCCAUCUGUCUAAUGCUAUCUUGCACUUACUGAGGGCAUAGUAAAGGAAAAUGAAGAAGAACAGGAAGCCGCCACCACCACCACCUUCACGAGGAGGCAAGGGGACUGCUGCAGCCAGACAAAUGGGUUUGCUGUUGGAUUUCUCUCCUGAAAACAUGAUGGCUGGCGAUGGAGAGGAUAAUCAAGAACUGGAAGCUGAAUUCCUGGCCAUUGUUGGAGGCCAACCAGAUCCCAAAGAGAAGCGAAACGGAAAAACUCCUUUGCCAAUGGAAGCUAUUGAAAAAAUGGCUGCCUUCUGUAUGAAGGACCUUGAUGAAGAGGACGGGGCAGAAGAGGAAGAUUUAGAAGAUGAUGAUGAACUAAUGGCUGAACUAACAGAAGUACUUGAAGAAGAUGGUAAGGUCCCAGAUGCUGUGAUACCCACUGCUACUAAGGAACCCAGUGCUCCAGCUGAUUCCAGCACAUCUGAAUCCAUUUUGCUGGAAAGACUGGCUAUGUACAAGGUUGCAGUUGCUAAUGCAAAAGAAGCUGGGGAAAGUUCCAAAAUGCGUCGCUAUGAAAGAGGCCUCAAAACUAUAGAAAACCUACUGACCUCUGUAAGGAAAGGCAAAAAGAUUGAUGAAGAUGAGAUUCCUCCACCAGUGGUUACAGGAAAGAGUAGUAAUUGCCAGCAGGCUGCUUCUUUGAAGACCACUCCAACCUCACAACCCUCCACACCAGAAGAAAGUGAAGUGUUAACCAAUCACUUUACUCCAGAGCCACCAGCUGCAGCCCUUGAACAAUCAACAUCUAAAUCAUCCCCUGGGUCACAGCUGCCUCCCAAAGUUCCACCACCGAAACUUCCAAAGCCAAAGAUUUCUCCAACAACUGAUCCACCACUCAAGUCCUCAGAAACACCACUGGAAACAUCUGCCCCAACAGCAUCUUCCCUUUCCUCUGCUGUCCUGCAAGCCAGAAUACGGGAAUAUAAACUGGCCGCCCUGCGUUCUAAGCAAGAAGGCGACAUUGAAAUGGCCACCAAAUAUUACCGCCUGGCAAAGAGUUUUGAACCUAUUUUAGAUUCUCUUAAUAAAGGAGAAGCUAUGGAUCUCAGCAAUCUGCCGCCACCUCCAGAUCAGUUACCCAAGGAGAUGUUACCUUCACCUGUACAACAGAGUCUGGUGGCAACAGCAACACCACUUGCUCAAGCGGUAAAUCAUCCAACCCAAGCAGUCUCAAAGAUAGCAGAGAGGCCAGCACCCCCUCGAGAUAUGAUGGAGGCCUUGCAGCAAAGGAUGGACAGGUACAAGGUGGCGGCAACCCAGGCAAAGAGCAAAGGAGAGGACAGGAAGGCCCGAAUGCAUGAACGGAUUGUGAAGCAAUAUCAAGAGGCUAUCAGAGCUCAUAAAGCAGGGAAACCCGUGGAGUUUGCUGACCUGCCUGUGCCACCAGGUUUCCCUCCUAUCCAAGGAAUGGAAUCUUUGCCAGGAGAUCAGAGUUUGGGAGGGAUCCUUGAAACAGCGAUGAAACUGGCAAACGAGGAUGAAGAUGCAGAAGAGACAAAAAAGCCUGACACCUCUCCUCUGUCAUCCAAGCCAGCCCCUUCAGUGCAGCCGAAACUGCCCCAUCAGCCAGGCUCACAAGCUGCCUCUGCAGCUUCAAAGCCAGCACCAACUGGUAAAAGUGCUCCAAAGAUGAUUGCAAAAGCUCAACAGCAGCUGGCAUUCUUAGAAAACCGGAAGAAGCAAUUGAAACAGGCAGCUCUCCGAGCAAAGCAGCAGAAUGACAUUGAGGGGGCCAAGCUGUUCCUAUGUCAGUCCAAAGGGCUGGACCCCAUGAUUGAGGCAUCACAAAGCGGGCUCCCAGUCGACAUAAGUAAGGUGCCCUCGGCUCCCAUGAACAAGGAAGAAUUCAUGCUUGUGCAGCGCGGUGGGACCAACAUUUCCCCAGCAACAGCUGCCCGGUACACUGAGCUUGUGAAGCUCAUGAGACAGCAGCAUGAGAUGUGCAUCAGUUACUCAAAGCAGUUCACUCAUUUAGGGAACAUCACAGAAACCAUCAAAUUUGAGAAGAUGGCUGAAGACUGCAAAAAAGAUAUGGAGAUAUUAAAACAAGCACAUGCCAAAGGAUUACCACUUCCAAAAUAUCAUUACGAGCAGCGGACCCACAGUGUGAUCAAGAUCUUUCCAGAAUUAAACAGCAAUGAUAUGAUUCUUUCAAUAGUGAAAGGAAUUAACCUCCCAGCUCCUCCAGGCAUAUCUCCUGAUGAUUUGGAUGCUUUUGUGCGCUUUGAGUUUCCCUAUCCUAAUGUGGAGGAAGCUCAGAAAGACAAGACCAGCGUGAUCAAAAACUCCAACUGUCCUGAGUUCCAAGAGAAGUUCAAACUGUACAUUAAUCGGAGCCAUCGAGGAUUCAAGAGAGCCAUUCAGUCCAAAGGGAUCAAAUUUGAAGUUGUCCAUAAAGGGGGGCUGUUCAAAAAUGACCGUGUGGUGGGAACAGCUCAGUUGAAGUUGGAAGCACUGGAAACCAAGUGUGAGCUUCGGGAGAUUUUGGAACUUUUGGAUGGUCGACGGCCCACAGGAGGCAGAUUAGAAGUGAUUGUCCGCCUCAGAGAACCAUUGACAUCCCAGCAGCUGGAGACCACAACGGAGAAGUGGCUGGUCAUUGAUCCUCUCUCUGGGCCCCCCGCUACCUUUCCCAAACCUAAGCCAGCAGAAGCUCCUGUGAAAGAUACAUGUAGUAGCAAGUUGACCUCUUCUCUGCAAAGCUUCAACAUAUUAGCUUUUGACAAGGAGAGGCUGGAGAAGAAGAUAUUGGCAUACAACCAAGCUGGUCAGCCUCCACCCAGUGAUCUGGUAGAGCAACAUCAAAGCAUCAUUCAGAAGAUCAACUGGCAAAAGUCCCAGCUACAGCAUGGAAAUGCUGCAAUCAUGAAAGAAUAUCUGACUCGAUUGGAGCAGUACCACCAGUGGUAUACAGAGGCAGCCAGGCGCCUUGGAAAUGACGGAAAACGGGAGGCAGCUAAGGAUGCUCUUUACAAGCGCAGUCUGGUGGAGAGGGAGCUGCAAAAGUUUCGGAAAUGAAGCUAAAGCACUUAAAUUAUCUAUCCAAGCAACAAUGCUUUCAAGCAUGGUCUUUUCACUGUUACAGGUGAAGGGUAGUGGAAAGACCGAAAUGCAUAGGCUGUAUGCUGAUGGAUCAAUAUUGCCACAAGUUGAUUCUUGAUUGACUUUGCAGAAAACUCUUCCUAUGUUUCACCAUAAGUACAUUAUAACCCCAAUGACCUGAAGAGAGACAAUCCUUUUUACAGGUGCCUUAUAGCUACAUCCACCACUCCUCCUUUUGCACUAAGCGUUUUGCACAUGCCACUUGAGCUGUUUUUUUUUUUAACCCCUUCUCAGUGGUCAAGGAGACUCUUGUGUGUGAAGUCUUAUAUGCCCAUGCCUGUGGGAUUUCUUUUUAAAUCUACCUUGUAUACCAGUUGAGUUAGAAGUCCCGUUCACCUGGUAUCCUUUCUCCACUGACCAGGGUAUUUAAUCGUUUUAGAGGUGUAGUGUAGAUAACAAUUGCAGUGAUGGAAAGAUUCCAGAACAUCCCAAAUUAACUGAGUGGGCUCAAUUUGGAAUUUGGCACUUUCAGUAUGUUUAGCGGUUAUUCCAGAAGCCAUAUAGUCUGCAUUCAUUUCCUAGUUCCCCUUAUAGCUACAUCCACCACUCUGCUCUCUUUUGCACCAGGCACUUAGCACACUCUGUUUGAGCUUUGGUUUUCUGAACCUUAUUGGUGCAUACCAACAGCUGAAUAAUUCACUUUUGACUCAGCUAAUCACUUUUCAGUGGUUUUCAGUGAUCAAAGAGAUCUAGUUCAGAUUCCUCGUGUGCAGUUUUGCAUGCCAUCUAUAUCUGCCUUGUAUGCCAGUUGAAGGUCCUGCAUAUGUGGUAUCCUUCUCUACUGAGAGCUAACUAGUCUGCUCCUUAAACAAUCUCUAAUGUGGAGAAGUAUGUAGCCACAAGACUCAUACUUUUUGACACUUUCUCGUUGUUUUUAACUUGUCUUGGAGGGACCAAGAGACAAAGCAUCUAUGAGACUGCUAAAUUAGAUGGUUCCUUUUUUUAUGUCUAGAGAGAGUAGCAGAGCAGUCUUUCUUCUAGGGAAGGAAUAACUGUUCAGUUCUGGUGUACAAACAGCUUACGGAACUCAUUCAUGGUACUCUUAUGCAGGUUAGAUUUCCUUCUCAUAAUAUAUGUAAUUGUAUUAUUUCUGUUGAAUGGAAAAUGGUAUCUGAUAACCCCUGCUUCCUGAUACAUUAUAGAGAGAGAGACUGCGUCACUUAGCUCCUUUUUCCCCACACAAAGACAGGAGAGAGGCUACUGAAACCUGUUGGGCUGCUUUUUUUGUAUAAUCCAUUUUGGCAGAUGGAAAUGUGAUCUUCCCUAGUUCUUUUUUUCUAUAAGAUUGAGUAUAGGAAAUUAACUCAGGAUUGUUGCUGCUGCUCAGGAUGAAGUGAGGGAGUGAACUGUGGGUUAGAUCCAGGUGGUCUUCCCUGCCUACAUACCUUUUGAAAUCAAAUUUUAGUUUAUUGUAAAGAUAAUAAAAGGAAAACAAAUGUAUUAUAUACAUUUUCACAAUCUCAUUUUUAUAAAAGUGCCUGUCUCUGAAAUUAUUGUUCAGCCAGAGUCUUUCAGAAUUAAUGUUAAAAGCAAAGGCUGCAAAUCUGUGUUAUGGCUUUAUUUUAUGUAUAGGAUGACAUAAAUAUAUAACAUUUUUAAGGGAGGGAGGGGAGAGAAACUGUGUUCAAAACAAAAACUCUUUAAUGUACCAGUAAUAAAUUCUCCAAAUUGCCUUUUAAUCUGGAUUCUGUUUAAGUGUCUACUCAACAAUAAAAUGCCAUUCUCAUGGAA